AUGUUUUUUCCGGUGAGACCUAACAGCACUAAGAAUCGAAAGCCCAAACCCCCAGCCUCCUCAACCUCGAAGAACAAACAACGUCCGAAGGGUUCGUUUCUGGUUCGGCCCUCCCGCAAUUCUACCAAGGAUCCCGUCCCCGACCCAACGGAUCGCUCCUCCACUUCUGAAUCGACAUCGCUCAGCAGUUCCCCACGCAGGUCCUCGAUGCCUGGUCUCGAUGCCGCCAGCCGCUCGGGAACCGCCUCGUUCCUUGAGUCGAGGACCAGCCUUCCUUAUCCCAACUUUUCCAAGGCUCAUAGCAAGGAAGAUGUUCGCACAGCCAGCAUCCCCACACCGGACCCGACCGACUUGACCGAGGACAAGGAAAAUACCAAGUCAAAUGGCAACCAUGCCCGCGAAAACCACCAUGCCCCGCCAAGCCCACCGCUGACGGGCCUCGACCAGCCCACCUCGCGUAAGGGUAGUGCUGUUGGUGAGCAGGAAGGAAAGGAAAAGGGCUCGGGCAAAACCACAGCGAAGAAAGCAAACAUAAAGAUCAGAACGGAGGUCAACAGAUCGUCGUCGAGUCUACGAUCGAAGAGAGAUGGAGAGACCAAGUCCAGCAAGUCUCCGCGAGCUGAUACACCCAAAUCGAAAUCAUCCAAAACUGAGAAGGAAGCGUCAUCACCUCGAACCAGCCACAAGUCGUCUAAGACCAAGUCCUCUGAAGAGAAGAAACUACCCAAGCGAUCCAGUCGGUCUACGAUGUCCCAGUCCAAUGUCACAAUCCGCGAUGUCGGCGCCGAAUCAACUAAUGGGUCCGAUGCCACAUCCAUUGCUCCUAUCCAGCAGUACCCGGCGCCCCGAAAAUCGAUGACUCCGCCUCUGAAACCUCCCUCUCGCACCCAGAAUCGGCCAUCAGCAUCUCAUCGCCACACUCCUAGCGACGACUCGAUCGAGUAUGGAAGACAUGUCAUGCCCGGUCCGGCAUAUGGGGCACCGCCGCCACCUCCACCGCCACCUCAGGUGCCCGUUUCCAUACCCAGAGUCGAUUACCUGCUUCAGCAUGGCGGUUUGGAGAACAAAGUGCCGCGAACGCUUCUGAUCGGUCCCAGUCCGUCGGAUCCUUUCGCCCAGUCAGCUACUCAGCCGCAGCUAGCUGCCGCGAAGGUGUUCGACCCGUUCAACCGCCUUCUCGAUGAUUACAACAAAGUCAUGAGCAAGAAUGGAUCUCUCGCUGUCGCUACUGGGUAUCGAUCAGUUGCACGGCGACUUCUCGAUCGUCUCGAAGCCGUUUUUGCACGUGACAUCUCAUCGGAGCCUUGCCACUGCCUGAUGUGCGAUCAUGAGGAGCUAGAGGAGCGCCCAGAGGGAGUGAGUUGGGGCGAGGUAUUGGAGCUUGUCUCUGGACGCCGAGAGCUGCCUAUGUGGCCGCCUUUCAUGAUGGCACAUUCGACUAUGGACUCGGAUCUGCCUGGUGAAGAGCACAUUCCGAUGCAAAAGCUUGAUAUCGAUGUUCCUGAAGAAUAUCGCGACCACUUCAUGCGUCAGUCUCGGAAAACUCAAGCUGCCGUGGAUAAAUGGCUCUCCGAGCAGAAUGACCAAGCUACCAGCGCCCCGGAGGAAGUAGAUGAUGAGACCUUGACUUUUGCCAUGGUCACACACCUUGAACCCCACCAACGUUCUCUGUUCUGUGCUCUGCUUGGCAUCAACUCUUCAACUCCUGUUCCUCGGUCCGAUGAUGAGAAGCCUCGACCAAAGCCACCUGCCCUCGUAUCUUGUUCGCUGGCCAUUCAGCGACUAUAUCGCCUUCAGUCCCUUCCACGCGACCCGGAAACAGCCAUGUUCAUGCUCAAUAACCCUGGUUUGCAUCACGUCCUCGCUACCCUGGCGGCUAUCAGUGACGACGAAUGGGAAAUCCUCAUCUCCGGUCGCUUCGACGGCUUCCUUCGCAGCGGUGCUGAGGACACAACGCCGGCCUUUAAUCCCCGCUCUAGUGGUAGCCGCUCCAACACCCCCUUCAGCACCGGGGGUAUCUCACGUGGGCCUACACCGAAUUAUAUGGACAGCAGCUUCCGUUCCGCAAGCCAACCAAACGGAAACCCUUCAUCUCCAGCUUCAUUCGGAGGCCCAAUCGCAUUAGACGAGGAGACUGAAAUAGCCGCACUGGCCGAAGUCGAAAGAGACAUCUUCCUAAGCAUGGAAGCAAUGGAAGACGCAUUCGAAGCCCUCCACUGCAAAGCCGAAGUCGUCCGCCGAGCUCUCCGCGAACGCGGCGCAGGCCUUUCAGUCGCAAACCAAAGCCGACGCGGCUCCUACGUCGAGGCCCGCCUGGGCACUCCGUUCAGCCAAAACGAGUGGGAAAGCGGAAUGGAAGACGACUUCCUCGAUGAUGACCGCUCUCUAGCCCCCGACGACUCCGCUAGUAACAUUAGUUCCAACCGUCGGCGACGACCCAAGAGACGCACUGAGCGACGUACGCCGGCGCCCGUGGAGGAGGAAGACGAAGAAGGAUUAUCUCCGGUUGGUCGGCGCGAUUCGAGAAACUCCCGCCGAAGGUAA